AUGGCUUACACAGCAAGCGAGGCCCACGCUCCUUCCGCUCCUUCGACACCCUUUCUGCCUGAUGGCGUUCCUCCGUCACAUGACUUUACCACAAAAUUCAUCUCUUCGCCGACGCACCCCCCUUCGUCCACGCUCCAGCCGUGGUCGUCUUCGCAUGAUUGCCUUAUGCAAGAUGCGCAAGAGCCUACACUCGAGGCUAGUCUCUCCUCUUUCCAAUAUCAGAGGAGAUCCAGCUUACAUGUUCCUAUACACUCAAUUCUUCAGAAUGCCAUCUUACCUGAUCAAGGGAGGAGCGACGAUCGAGUUCGUCCGCCAAAUCCAGAUAACGCCGAUGCUUCCCGACCCUCGAGUCCAAAGACGCCCAGAAAGACUUCAAGGGCUCCCCAAGGCACCUCUUCGAGCUCCCACUCCGACACUCCCAAAGCAAAGACGGUCGGCAGACGCAAUUGUGCUCCUGCGAUGGUCGUCAGCAUCGACUCCCCCUCGUCUCCGAGCAAGCGCCGUCGGUCGCUCUUCCGAUCUUCAUCUUCGUCCUCGCCCACUCGGUUGCCUGCCUGCGGAGACGACUGUCUAAAAUUAGCCGUGAGCCCCAGUGCAGGUUCCGCACUCCUUGGGAGCCAUCAGAAGCCGGCCAGACGUCGCACGAGAACCGAGUCUGGAUCGAACGUGGGACGCCAAAGCAUGAGCAGCCCCCAGUUGGGUGAGGCCAUGGACGCUCUCAAAGUCACCUCGGAUCUCUCGCCGCCGCUGAUCGAUGCGGCCUGCAACCUUUGGACCGCUAGACUACCGACUGAAUUGCCAUCACCACAUCAGGGGCAAGGAGCGAGUCCAACAAUGACUGCAGUAUCGCACUGGCCCGUCUCCACUGUAGGCCAACGCUACGACGUUAUUUUGGCGCAGCCAUGCUCUCCAAAGCCCAAGAGCAAGAUUCGAGACUGGCGGCAGCCAUUGUAUGCCCAUCAGCAAAUCACCGUGCCCGCCCCUACCGCGGUGGUGGGACUGUCGCAGAAUGUACGCUCUCCGAUGGCCAAAGCCUCGUUCGUGUCUUCGCCUCCAGUGUCGAUACAAGGCCUCGAUUUGAGCCACCUGCCUCGUCCUGGCCAACAACCUGCAUCGCUUGCACCAGCUUUCGACCAGGAUGCAACAAUCACUAAGAAGAAGGUGCAUUCGCAACCGCCUAGAGCGGCCAGGGGAGCGAGCACGGUGGAACGACAGCCACAACAGAUGCAACAUCAGCCUCUGUUCAAGAUGCCGAGCCUUCGACCCCGCAGGAAUUCCUCAGCGAGGUAUCAACAGCGAGUUACUGAAACCGCUGCCGUGACCCCGAGCCAGGAGCAGGUGCAGGUGUCGACUAAGCACCGCAGACAGGCCAGCACUAAUCUGCUCGCUACAACACCUAAAAGAGUCGCCGGUCUGAGGCUAUUUGGGCUUGCCCUCAGUCCCGCGAGCACCAGUCCCGAUUCCCCCUCUGAAAGAAGUCCAAUGAAUAUAGCUACGCCUCCAAUGGCGUUUUCACCGGCUUCGACGCCGAAAUCCCUGCCCAGUAUUAUCGUCACCCCUCCAGCUUCACUGACGCACGUCUUACGGAUGGAGCCCAAUAUUUUCACCAGCGUCGACGAGCCUCAGCACGAGCUUCCAGCAGACGAUGGCGACAGUGACGAGAUUAUGGACGAUAGCACCUCAUCGCUGUCUUCCACCCCUCACCGUACACUUCCCUCGACUUCGCCGAUUGCCAGACCAGGACCCUUCUCUUCCCUUUCGGCGAAUCAGCUAGAGUGCACACCACCGCACCCCAUGUCUAUAGCUUUCAGGAGCGCUCAAGAUGCGGCAGGUGUCGCAUUUUUCAUGGCCGAAGCAGACUCGAUUCUGUCGGAGACGCUCCGACUAACGCAGCUCAACCAGUCGUACGACAUUGCGCGCCGCCUGCUCCGCUUCGUCGAGGUGCUCAUGGAUCCUUCGCCGAACUUUGCACUUCGCGUUGGCCUGACACGAUCGCGACAAGGUGCCAAGGCGCGACUCCCUUGCGAGAUUCCAAGCCUCAGCUUUCAGACGACAGUCGGACAUGGUGGCGCGCAGGUGCUGGUGUCGCCUGGCUGGGCAAGACAACAGCUCCUCUCGAUGCUCCAUCUCGUCAUGGACCACAUCGUCACGGGUAUUGCUGCUCUUCUGGGCGAUGACCGUGCGCCGUAUGAGGCACCGUCAUCCCUCGCCCGUCUGUGCCAGGUGUUUCGACGAGAUUUGCGAAUGCCCCUUGCGGCUCAUUCGCGCAGCCUCAGCCAACUUCACGUCGACAUGCUCCGAGGUCAAAGCCUCUUCGUCCAUGCCGUCUCAUCAGCACCGAUCGAUCACUUUGCAUACCUCGAGACCCUGCGUGACAUUGAUCCUUCGGCCAUCUUCGUCCAACACCUCGAGGAAAAUCUGACAAAUGCGCUCGAGCGAGGAGAUACGGUGCGGUCCAGGGCGAACCAUCUCGUGGUGCCGCCUCCUCGUCGCGGAAGCCGCAAGAAGUGGGCCGCCCUCAAUGCCGAGCUUGGUGCGCUGAGGGCACAGAGGGACUUGGACAUGAAACUCGCUUCGAGUGGACAGAUCAGCGAACAGGAGCUCCGAAGCCGGGAGCGGAGAAGAGCGGCUCUGGGCUGUCCAAAGGAUGUCUUUGCGGUGCUCAACUAUGUUCGCUUCGUAGGAGAGCUCUAUAUCGUCGAGAUUGUCCCUGUCGAGACUGUCCGAGCUUGGCUCAUGCGGCUACUCUUUGAUACUGUGUUUCCAGGCGUGCCUUCGCUUUACGAGCUCGAAGCUGGCUGCGCACUUCUUAUCACCGUCGGCGAAGCUCUCGAGCGAGAGGCGCAUCUCGAUCUCUUCCCUCAAAUCGUCGCCUGGAGGAGUGCGAAAGAUGCGAAGAAGCAGCCGAGCAGGGUACGGCAGGCGAGUGCACCGGUCAGCAGCAGCAAAGAGAGGAGUGAUCAAGCGCCCAAGGAUCACUGGAUACGCAUGUCGCCACAGCAGGUACGCCAAGAGGGAAGCCCUUUUCAACGCUGCCGUCGCCGACAGGCGAACAUCGACUUGUUCGAUUCAGGAGACAAUGAGAGGGGGACGAUGUCGAGCAUAUCUUGUUAUGAUGACGUGAGGCAGAGGCGUCAUAGACGUGAUUCGGCAGGCUCCAAUCACUCUUCGUCCAGCCAUUCUGCCACGGCCUCGUCUUCUUCAUCGACAUCUUCCACGAAGACUACCUCUCCCGUUGUCAUCGCCACGGGUCUCAUUGAGCCGGCUGAGGAGAUGAAGCACUCCCGAUGCCAUCGACGAGCCAAGAUCGGUGACGAAGAGGGCAGAGAAGAGCAGCCGCGACAGCAAAUCGCUCACGUAAAGAUCGCCAAAGAAACGCUGGACGCGACGAUGCGUCGACUCAUGGAAAUUGUCGAAAUCGAAGAGAUCGACGAGGACGCAAGGGACUGGUGCAGGGAAGUCGUCGCGAUGCGUGCCAGAGGCUGGAAGACUGCCAACAUUCCGGCAGACGGAAAGAGAUCCUCUGAAGCAGAGGCCGACAAGGAAGAAAAGCCUACAGCGAAUUCGACGACGACAGCUGCUGCCAAAAGCACCAUACCUCAACCCGACUUGAGGGCGAAGAUGAUGUCAUAUGCUCCUGGAGAUCAAAGGACCUACCAUCAGAAGAUCAUGCUGCAACAGCAGCAACAACAUGACCGACUUGCCGUUCUUGCCGCUCAACGUCGUCCCUGA